UUUCUCGAGUCGUUUGAUGUGCUUAGAGCAAAUAGAGUACACGUAAUUCUAGGGUGGAACGUAGAGAAAACUCUUACAUCUUAUGUGCAAUUAUUUUUGUCUAACGACAUUGUCACACUGCAUGUGUCAUAACAGUUGAGUGCUUAAUUUCUUGGUUUACGUUUUUCACUUAAGAAAGUUCAAUAGUCAUUAGAACUAGUAGAUUGAAAAAUAGUUUCGAAAUAAUAAUAAUAGACCAGUAAAUACAUUUCCAAACUUCUCUCUGUCCGGGUUUAAACGGUUCCAGAAAUAAGCAAGUAAGAAUAAACAAGCAAGAGAAACACACAAAAAAGAUAAAACAAAAUGUCUAUGGUCACACCCCCUUCGCUCUUAUUAGAUAGUAGUGAAGGCUCGUGGAAUACGAUUCACUACGAUUUGGUUAACAUCACCGAUUCUAAUGUCUCGUCAGAUUCUUACAACCAAGACUUCUUGGCUUCCACAACAUAUCGGGAUCCUUCUUAUUAUUCCCGUAACUACAGGAUAAUUGGUACGUUUUUUCAAGGCAUUAUAUUUUCGGUGGGCGUUUUAGGAAACAUCAUGGUCGUUAUUGUUGUGAGAAAGACACGCAGCAUGCGGACUCCGACCAAUUGUUAUCUGGUUAGUCUGUCGAUUGCCGACCUGAUGGUUCUGACAGCAUCAGUCCCAAAUGAAAUCUUAUCGUAUUUUUUACUCGGUGAUGAAUGGAUCUGGGGAAGAGUAGGAUGUGCGCUCUUCAUCUUUCUCCAGUAUUUAGGAAUCAACGUCUCAUCCUUGUCUAUCACGGCCUUUACAGUUGAACGAUAUAUCGCUAUUUGUCAUCCGAUGCGAGCCCAGAUGGUCUGUACUGUCAGUAGAGCUAAGAAGAUCAUUGUUGGAGUCUGGGCGUUUGCUUGUCUUUACUGCUCUCCUUGGCUUUUCCUCACCAAGAUAAAACCCAUCUUCUACAUGGGCCAUACUAAGAAAGAAUCUUGCACUUUUGCCUUGUCAAGAGAGCAGUACUUGGGUUAUUUUUUUGCUGAUCUCGUGUUGUUUUACAUCUUUCCUCUUGUUCUGUCUUGCGUAUUAUAUGGUUUGAUAGCCCGAAUUUUGUUCACAAACGAAAUUUCCAAAAACCCAGGAAGAGGUAACGGCUCAUCCGAAGAGUCCAAAAAGUCAACUAAGAACACAAAUGCUAGGGUACAGGUUAUUAAGAUGUUAGCUGUUGUCGUGGCCGUAUUUGCAACGCUGUGGAUGCCCUACCGCGUUCUUCUUGUUUACAACUCAUUCGCCAAACGACGCUACAUGGAACUGUGGUUCCUAAUGUUCUGUAAAACGAUGAUCUACAUCAAUAGCGCCAUCAAUCCUAUCCUCUACAACGCCAUGUCUAUUAAGUUUCGAUGUGCCUUCAAGAGAAUGUUGUCUUGUCCCAAGCUGGAUCUACGCAUCCCUUAUCCUUAUCGUAGUGUGGCUGGUUCAAGUCGCCCCAAUGUUGCAAAUAGAACCCCUACGACAACCAAAAGUCCCACGACCAAAGGCGAAACGUUUCAGCUCCAUCAACUGGAAUAAAACAAUCAUUUCUUUUCAUAGUGAUGUGUUCUGUACUUAUAAUAUAAUUUUUGUGUUUCUGAAUUUGACGUAUUAUUGUUACGUUGUUGUAUUAUCUCUUAUUAUAUCCGAGUUUCAAGUUUUCGAUUCUCAGAAACACGCGUAUCUUAUAUAAAUAUAUAUAUUAAAUAUGGUUUUAACUUGUGAGGAAACUAUAAAAGUAAGUAUUGACCUCAAAAGUAAAAGUAUCAGAAUUUCGAAAAAUGUAUUUCAUUACUGGAAGAUAUAUGUCGU